AGGUUGGAUAUUGAUGGCAAGAAUCCCCGUGAAGAGCCAAAAGCAAUAGUGUUCUUGUCAAGACUUCUAAUCCUGUUCCAGGUUUGUCGGUCUUGCUUAAGCUCCAAGCAAAAGGUUGAGAUCAACCAGUCUGGGACAUAUAUUGCUGUGACAGCCAAAUGUGAAAAUUGCAACCAAGUAUUUUCAUGGGGAAGCCAACCAAAACUACUUGGGAAGUUUCCAGCUGGCAACCUAUUACUCAGCCUUGCAGUAUUGUGUGCUGGUGCCUCUAUAAGGAAAAUACUUCUGGUGUUUAAACAUAUGAAUGUGUUGGCAUUCCAUGAGGCCACUUACUACUACCAUCAGCGUCGUUUACUAAUACCUACGAUUGUUACAUUCUGGCGGKCUUACAARCAAAACAUUAUAGAUAAGCUUGCAGGAAAAGAAGUUGAAUUGGCUGGGGAUGGAAGACAUGACAGCAUGGGUCACUCUGCCAAGUUCUGUACUUAUUCAAUCUUCUGCUGUACUAUUGGUCUUAUUAUUGAUGUAAUCCUUGUCCAGUCCAAUGAAGCCGGURGCAGUACUGCAAUGGAAUUUCUUGGUCACCAAAGAGCCUUUGCUUACUUGUUAACAACUGGUUUGAUAAUCAAGUCAUUCAUUUCUGAUCGCCAUAAAUCGAUUGCAAAGUGGAUGAGAGAGGAAUGCCCAAAAAAGUGUAGAGAGGUUGGGAAACCUGUGAUAAACCAUUUCUUUGAUUUAUGGCAUGUAGCAAAAAAAAUUCAGAAGAUACUCAACAAGUUAAGCAAGGAAAAAACAUGUGAGAUAAUUGGACGAUGGUCAAAAGCAUGCGUAAGGCAUUUCUACUGGUCAGUUAUUUCUACGAAGGAACUACUAGGUGAAGUGAAACUUGCAAAGUUUCAAGCUUUUUUCUGCCAUGUGGUUAAUAAACACAAGGAACUUCCAAAUAAAUUAUUUAAUGCCUGCCAUCAUGGUCCAGUCAUUCAAGAAAAAGUUUGGAUGACCAGAGGUUCAGAGGCAUAUGAAAAACUAGUAGAGGCAUUAAGUAAGACUGCUCUAAUUAAAGCGAUCAAGAAAACGUCAUCAAAUGGACAGACAAGUUGCCUAGAAGGCUAUCAUUCUGUAAUAAACCAUUUUGCACCAAAAAUGCUAGCCUUCUCUUAUCUUGGAAUGCUUAGCAGAACCAUUUUAGCAGCACUUCAUUUCAAUUAUAAUUUGAAUCGAGAGUCAAAAAUUGAUGACCAUGGGGAACCUCGCCUACGAGUGCAUUAUGCAAAGCAUAAGUAUGGGGAAGCCACAGUAAAGGAAGCGAAAACACCACAGAAUUAUGAUUAUGUCUGUGACAUUUAUAAAAYGCUAGUGGAAACACCACGAAAUGACCUGAAGCAGGUUGACAUAGAGCUUAAAGAAAGUAUACCUGAACCAGUGUGCUCUGCCUUGGAUAAAGAGUCACAUUCGGAUGCUAUCACCAAGCAUAAGAAGAGAAAGUCAAUGGAAAUUACAAUAGUACCACCUACAUGUACAGAACAAGAAUUACAGCAAGGAUCAGCCAGGGGAUCAAAUAAAAGAAAAGCGCCUACGUGCCGAACAUGUGGAGCCCCCAGAAAGGGACAUAAGAGAGGACAGUGCCAAACUGACUAGUAGUUUACUCUCUGAAGUUUAUUCUUAGUUUUUACUAUGUUGUAAGCAAUAGUUAUCAUACUAUACCUCUGAAUCGUUCUGUUCCUCUUCAUCUUCUUCUUGGAAGCCUUUAUAUUCUCCAUCUUCAGAGGGAAAUCGAGCUCUAAUAGYGCUGUACGCACAGCAUGGUAGGGGAAGCCGCUUUGAAUUUCCAAGAUAUUCCCAAACCAGUCGGGUGAACUGCCGAUAUGAUACGGAUCUCAGAAACCUAUGUGAAUAUUAUAUUUUUUUAAGCAUUAAAGAGUAAAUCAAUCGAUUACCGGAGACGUGUACGAAAUYAUAAAUAAAUAAACACARAAUUGACUUGA